AUGUUGUUGCUGUUUCAAUCAAUCCUAUCAUGUCUUCGACUUCUAUGGCGUUCCCGUCAGUUCUUCGAAGACGAGCACGCUGCGCACGCGAUGACCGCCGUGUUACGUGCGCUAGCGCAUUAUGCUGGGAGUGGAUCCAAGCCUCCAGUGGACGCCUGCCUGCACUUCUUGUGUGAUUUAUUAAAUGGAGUAUCUGCGAACAAAACCACUCCACCUCUUUCACACCAAAGCGCUUACAGCGCUGUACAACUAUUAGCUUGUCUGAAUGGGCUAGCUACUCACAUCAGUACAAACCCAAACACCAUUUUAUCCAGCGCUUUAGUGCUUCACGCGCUUAUUUCUUACCAACCGGACAACUUGACUAUAAACACGAAUACAGCAUCAGCUUUACUGGAAGUUUUGAAGAAGUGGUUCAGCUUGCUUAUGGGGACGUUGAACCAUUCCAUGCUAGUGGGAGACAAUGGUGUUUCUGGAAUGUUCUACGUCGUCAUUUGUCAAAUUGGGUUAGAUGUUUUUGGACCGUUAGCUGCGCAUGAAAUUUUAGAUGCUUUAGAAAAUGUUUCUGACAAUGAAGAAGAUUAUAAAGAACGACUGAUAUGUAUUCUACCUCCUCCUGUUGAUUGA